UAGAUAGAAACCACUUCGGUAUGUAGUACAAAUGGAUGGUGUUCAAAGUGAACUCUACAGGAAUAAUUCUUCGUAACAAAUUCCGAGAAAAACUGCAGAUACAGUGUGAAUUAUGUGAGAGACAAUAAUGUAAUUGUGAAACCACAACGAAAGUAUGACUUAUCCAUCGACUAUAUGGACUAUAGCCGUAGUCUUUAAAAUUAGUGGCUGAUCAGCAUGGUACUGCAUAAAUUGGUUUCGAUGAGGUAUUGGUAUUCGAGGAGAUAUAAUAAACGAGGAGGCUCGUUGAGUUGCCUUGUGGUCGAGUCCGAUGGGGGCUUCUACUCGGCGAUGUCGCCCGUUGCCAUGAGGCUCCAGGACAGUCCUCCGCCCGCCGCCAACGUGAUCGUCGAGAACAACAACAACAACAACGUUGACAAUAAAGCAUCGGGAUCCGAGCUGGAGCUACUCGCCAAGCUGGAGGAGGCGAAUCGGCUAUUCGAGUCGGACGCCAAGUCGCUCAACUCGUUGAGCGGUGCCUCGGCCACUUCGGGGCACUCUCGGAAGAGCUCGGACACGUCGCAGAUAUCGCUUACUUCCGGUACGAGUUCGAACCAGGAACGUACCGAAGAUGGAGGUGAAGAGGAUUUAUGGGUUACCUGGGGCCACAUCGUCAACGACUGGGAAAAUAACUGGAAGAAACAAAACCCUCAAAUAAAAGAACUAGUCCGAAGGGGUAUUCCCCUUCAUUUCAGAGCUAUAGUUUGGCAGCUACUGUGCGGAGCAAACGAGGCGCCGGAGAAGAAAUUAUAUGCGGAAUACAUUAAAACAAAGUCCCCGUGUGAGAAAGUAAUCAGGAGGGAUAUCGCCAGGACGUAUCCAGAACACGAAUUCUUCAAAGAGAAAGAUGGCCUCGGGCAAGAAUCCCUGUUUAAUGUGAUCAAAGCGUAUUCUUUGCACGACAGAGAAGUUGGAUAUUGCCAGGGUACCGGUUUCAUCGUCGGACUGCUUCUGAUGCAGAUGCCGGAAGAGGAGGCGUUCGCGGUCCUGGUCAAGAUCAUGGAGGACUACCGGAUGCGCGACAUGUUCAAGCCGAGUAUGGCGGAGCUGGGUCUCUGCAUGUUCCAGCUGGAGAAUCUCGUCGCCGAACAUCUUCCGGACCUCAACCAACAUUUUCAGUCGCAAAACUUUCACACGUCGAUGUACGCUUCUAGCUGGUUCCUUACUUUGUUCACCACCGCCCUUACUCUGCCGCUGGCGUGUAGGAUAAUGGACGUCUUCCUGUCGGAAGGCAUGGAGAUCAUCUUCAAGGUGGCCAUGGCGAUGCUGACGUUGGGCAAAGAGGAGCUGAUGUCGUUGGAUAUGGAGGGCAUGUUGAAGUAUUUUCAGAAAGAACUACCAGCUCAUGCUGAAGCAGACCCAGAGGCGCUGAUGCAGUCUGCCUAUGAAAUGAAAUACAACGCGAAGAAAAUGAAGAAAUUGGAAAAAGAAUACGUCAUAAUCAAAACAAAAGAACAAGAAGAAAUGGCCGAACUGAAGAGGUUACGUCAAGAAAACAAGCAGCUUCGACACAGAUGUGAGAUGUUGGAGGAAGAAAGCAAAGCUCUGGCAGAUCGUCUCGUCAAGGGACAAGUCAGUAGGGCUGAAGAAGAAGAAACAACUUUUGUGGUGCAACGUGAACUGGAUGCUUUGAGGCAUACGCACUUGGAGACCACUCACGCUCUUGCGUUGGCCAACGAGAAGAUUAAAUCAUUGUCUUUGAUGAUGGAACAAACGGAACAUAGGCAAGAACCGAAACCUACAUCAUCAAGUGACGCACUUAGUACUCCCAAGAAGCUACUGUUUUGGGAGCAUCGUCAUAAUGAAACUCAAAAGUUGGAAGAAGAACUUAUGACAACUCGAAUAAGAGAAAUGGAAACUCUAACGGAGGUCAAGGAAUUGCGUUUAAAGGUAAUGGAAUUGGAGACACAGGUUCAAGUUAGUACUAAUCAACUCCGUAGGCAAGAUGAGGAAAUUAAAAAACAAAUUGAAAACCUCGAAGCUGCUGAGUUGAGAGACCGAGAAGCGGCAGCCCGUCUUUUGGAGGAACAAAGAAGAUAUUCUGAUCUUGAGAGUAAGAUGAAGGAUGAACUUAUGAAGGCGAAAAUUAGCGAUGCUGAAAAGACACAGUGCGUUGCCGAACUUACUCAAAAAAUAAGUCAACUCGAAUUGAAGAGCCAAGAAAUAGCAACAGAGGGUGAACUCAGAAUUCAUUCGGUGGAUGACAGUGAUAAAGUGAGAGAUCUUCAAGACAAAGUGGCAGAUUUGCAGGCAGAGGUCUUGAGACUAGAAAGAGGCGGUACAGGCUACGGAGGCGGCCGCUUAUCAGGAGACAGAUCAUCCUCAAUCGACAGCACAGAAGACGACUCCAAACUUGUUUUGGAGGACCCAACGCUUCGAUUGAGUAUCUCCGACUCUCCGACUACGUCACCUCAAGAGCCUAAUUUUUGUGAAAUAUCUAAUACGAAAAGAAAUUUAGAUUUAGCCCCCAACAUGAAUACGCACACAGCCGUAGAUGUACAUAAUAGUGGAAAUAACAUGCCACAAGUCUGACACGAUAACUGAAAGUUUGUGUUAGGUGAAAUUGAAUACUAUGUUUCUGCGAAAUGGAUAUAAUGUCUGUGGUAUCUAAAAUAAGAUGUUUUGAAAGAGUUGAAAAUAUGGUUCGAGAUCGGAAAUAUACAGAGGUAUACUACUCAUAAUCGAUUUAUCGUUCUUUAGUCAAAUUGAUGGAUAGAAAGGUUUCACUGUGAAAGGUAGGCAAUUUAAAAAAUUAUUUGUGGUUCGUCUUGAGGCAGCUUACACGAUAUUUGAAAAAAUUUUGAAACUCGAUUUGGUAGCAGAUAAUGUGAUGUAUCUGUAUUUAACAUAAUAGUGUAUUCAAGUCAAAUAUAAUUAUUUGAAAACGCACACCUUUUUUUAGGGCAUUAUCCCUCGAUUCUCUCAACAUUUUUGUAAUACUUAGCUUUCUAGAUGGUUUUUUUAAACUCUAGGUGACAGUGUGUGUUUGUACGUAUUUUAUAGUUGCCGUUUCGAAUGCAUUCAAAUGCUCGUGAUUAAAAUAAUGAAUUAGUGAUAUAUUGGAAUAAUUGAAAUUGAUUUGAUAAAAAAAUGGUGCAGGGUUUGUUAUGAUAUAAAGUAUAAUUUAUCAAAAGACCAACUACUAAAAUAGAGAGCUGAAGUCUACGAAACGAUUCAACGAACAUUUUCUACUCCAGUUUAUUGUGCUUUGAAAAUGUUUACUUAUUGUAUUUGUGGAAUCGAUCACAGGGUUUUUACAAAUAUAUUUCAUUUUUUCAGGUUUUGAAAAAGCUUGAUUUGAAGUGUUGAUAGUAUUGUUACUUUCAAAAUAAGUGGACUAAUAUCUUGACCGAGAAUAAAGGUAUUAUAUUACUUUCCUUCCCACAUUUCCUGUUUAUCCGUGAUCAGAUGUAGAACAUUGUUUUUUCAUCAGCGCUUGUAAAGAUUUUUCCAGCUUUCUCUACAAUUCUGAGAAGGAAUGUGGGGAAUUUGGUCGAUUGUUGAGAAAUCUUUUCUAAAAAAAACAUUCCGAGGUGCAAUAUUAAUAAAACUUCAAUUCAAUGUGAACAUGAAAUAUCUAAACAUGUCAUCUGCAUUUUGAUUCAAACUUGUUCUCUAGCAAAGAACAUUCAGUUUUUCAAAUAUCUUAUGAAUUGUUAGAAAUAUAAAUAUUGAAUAUUAGAUUUAGAUUCGCUAUUAUAUAUGUUUAGACACCCAUUAAAGAUGAAGUGUUCCAAAAAUUGGCCAUACACAUUUUAAUGAUUGAAAAGUCAAAGUUGAUUGUAGAUACUUGUCCAAUCUAAGUUUUUUUUUAAAUACCGACUACUAAUGUUGGGAGAAACUUUAGUUUGAAUUUGAUUCAUGUAUAAUGUGUAAUGGCCAGUCUAUAAAAUCAUUUGAAUAUUGAUGAUUCCAAGGUAAAUAGUAUGAUGUUCAGUAGUAGCAUUUAUAUCGAUGGUAAAAUCAUAAUCAGUGCAAUAUUUUGAAGAUUUUUACAAGGUGAAAUUUUGGAUAAUUUACAGAAUUCUUCGUGUCAAAUUAUGGAGAUAAUAUUGAACUAUAACAAAUACCCAUGUGACUGUGAUAGAAUCAUUAGUCCCACAGUCAUUGAUAGUAUUUACCUGAUUCAUUCUUAAAAUUCGGUAUAUUAUUUUCAAUUGCUUUCAGCUCUUUUGAAAUAUGUAUACAAAGUAUAUUUUAGUUUUUAAUGUUGUGUAAAUUUCUGAAACUCAUUUGUUUUUUCAUUUAAAAAAGUAUUUUGAGAAUGUACCAAAUGAUCAGAAAAUUUAUCAAGAAUGUUCUCUCUUAAUUGCUUGAUAUUAAUGUCAUUUUAUGGCAGAAAAUCAGAAAGUUAUCAAUUGUUAUGAUUAUCUUCCCUUCAACUACUUUUGUUUGUGCAAUAUGUUUUCUAAUUUUUUAUUUUAUUAUAAAUGUUUUCGCGCAAUUGUAAGGUGACUUGUGUAAUUUUUUAAUGACUUUUAUGGUUUUAAACUUUUUAUAUACAUUCCAAAAACGAACCACUUGAGCUGUGUGGGGUUGAAAAUGGUAAUUUGUUAAAAUAAAUGUUCUAAUACUCUGAAAUACAAUUUCAAAUAUCAAAUAUGUUAAUACAUGCUGAAUGUGAUUA